GUGCCUUCCCCGUGAGAUUAUCUCAGCCUGGGCUGGACAUCUUCCUCCACCUGGAGCCAUGGAUGCCGCUCUGCUCCUGAACGUGGAAGGGAUCAAGAAAACCAUUCUGCACGGGGGCACGGGGGAGCCCCCAAACUUCAUCACCGGAUCGCGGGUGACCUUUCAUUUCCGCACCAUGAAGUGCGAUGAGGAGCGGACGGUGAUAGACGACAGCAAGCAGGUGGGCCGGCCCAUGCACAUCAUCAUUGGGAACAUGUUCAAGCUGGAGGUCUGGGAGAUCCUACUGACGUCCAUGCGGGUCAGCGAGGUGGCCGAGUUCUGGUGUGACAACAUCCACACGGGGGUCUACCCCAUCCUGUCCCGGAGCUUACGGCAGAUGGCGGAGGGCAAGGACCCCACGGAGUGGCACGUGCACACGUGUGGGCUGGCUAACAUGUUCGCCUACCACACGCUGGGCUACGAGGACCUGGAUGAGCUGCAGAAGGAGCCGCAGCCUCUGAUCUUUGUGAUCGAGCUUCUGCAGGUGGAGGCCCCGAGCGAGUACCAGAGGGAGACCUGGAGCCUGAGCCACGCGGAGAAGAUGCAGGCGGUGCCCAUCCUGCACGGAGAAGGAAACCGGCUCUUCAAGCUGGGCCGCUACGAGGAGGCCUCCACCAAGUACCAGGAAGCCAUCGUCUGCCUGAAGAACCUGCAGACCAAGGAGAAGCCCUGGGAGGCACAGUGGCUGAAGCUGGAGAAGAUGAUCAACACCCUGAUCCUCAACUACUGCCAGUGCCUGCUGAAGAGGGAGGAGUACUACGAGGUGCUGGAGCACACCAGCGACAUCCUCCGGCACCACCCGGGCAUCGUGAAGGCCUACUACGUGCGGGCCCGAGCUCACGCGGAGGUGUGGAAUGAGGCAGAGGCCAAAGCAGACCUGGAGAAGGUGCUGGAGCUGGAGCCGGCCAUGCGGAAGGCAGUGCGCAGAGAGCUGCGGCUGCUGGAGAGCCGGCUGGAGGAGAAGCGGGCGGAGGAGCGGCGGCGCUGCAGGGACAUGCUGGGCUAGGGCGCGCUUGCCUCCGGCCUUCCCGGCCUCCCUGUCCCCGCCUCCCACAGGGCACCCCCACCAGCACACGGCCUGGCUAUUUCUGGUGCAGCUGGCUAGGGUUAUGGUGUCCCUCUUACAAUUUAAAACUAAUUAAAAAAAAUCUUUACUGAAGGAUAUUUUUUUCCAUUGAU